AUGGUCUACAUGACAUUAGGUUCGUUAUUUUUGAUAGCAUUUGGAGCUGACAUAGUUUUCACAGAAGUUUUCUACAAAGAAGAGGAUCCAGUGGGGCAUCCAGUUAAAGUCAAUACUUCUUUACCAAAAGCAGAUUGGGUUUUAACAUUUCAAGAUGAAUAUGAAAACCACAAUUUUGAUAUUGAUCAUGUGGCAGAAUGGAGAUUUUGGUGUAUUAUGGUCAUAACUUUUAUAACAUGUGGAGUAUUUAUCGCGUUAGCUAUUUUAACUCUGUGGCAUGGUCUAUUAAUCAGUUAUGGUGAAACAAGCAUUGAGGGGCAUAUAAAUAAAUUUGAAACAGAACGAUUGGCAGCUAUAAACUUUGAAUAUGUUAAUGUUUAUGAUUAUGGUAUGAAAAUGAAUUGGAUUAUCUUCCUUGGACUUCAUAGUGGAAGAAAUUGGAGACAUAUUGUAUUUCCUUCAACUCAUAAACCUAUAGGAAACGGAUUCAUAUGGCCAACCAAAAAUGAUAUAUGUGAAGUGUUUUAUUAUUAUAAACAGUAA